UUCGCUCACAGUCCCCACCGUUACGUAUCCCUCUCCUUUCCUCUCCCUCGGUCUCGACCAGUCCAAGGCGGUGGCGGAGGUGGUGCGGCACGGCACGGCGGCCGGCGACGGAGGCGAUGGAUGGCCCGCGUCGUCGACGUCCAGGCGAGGCAGUUCCUUCCUAUGGGCAAUUUGAUGGACUGUUUUCAGUUGAGAUACAUCACAAAGGUUUUUUUGUGGAAGUGAUAGCAACAUGACCUACAUGGAUCAUGAAGUGGACUGGUUUGAUAGCUGCGACAGUGAUACUUGGUCAGUUCUAUGGAUUGAUGAUUUUCUUCUCCAAUUGGGCUAUGACAGAGCAAUGUCCAAGAUAGAUGUGUAUUGGAGCAAACCUGGAAAGUCUUUGUGUGAUGGCCUUCAGUUGAUUGCAUGUGAUGCAGACAUUGUCCUUAUGAUUGCUGCAAUAGUAGAUCACAAGAACUUGGUCUUGCUUGUAGACCAUGGUGACACCCUGGAGUCACUAACUGCUGAUGAUGUGUUGGUAGAGGGGAUGCUUGAGCUGCCAAGGGUUAUUACUCCAGUUAAGUCAGCAAAGGGAAAAGAAAAUGUGGACAACUUUGAGAAACCAGAAAUUGCAACAGAGAUGAGAUGUAACUACAAGAAAGCAAAGAGAUUCAUGUCAUUUGGUGAGGGCUGUAGCUCUAGGGUUCCAGAUCGAGAAUUUGAGGAAGAAGAUGGCAAUUGUGACAGUGAUGAUAGUGGUGCUGAAGAUGCAGGUGACAGUAGUGAAGAACAUGUAGAUGCAGAAGUUGAAACUGAUGAGGAUUUCUAUGAGAGUGAUUACGAAGUAGCACAAGGUGAUGAUGAUCUGUUUGAGAGCUAUGUAGACAAAGAUGUUGAUGACCAUAGACAGAAGGAGAUUGUGCCUGACUUUGAAGGAGAACUUCCUGAAGAUGCCCUAGAUGACAGUCAUCUAAACCUAUCAAAAGAAGAAGGAGACAAGCUUAGAUACAAAUUCAACACAUUCAAUCCGUCCACUGACCUUAAAGCACCAACUUUUAGAGUUGGCAUGCUUUUUGCUGAUAUGAAAGAGCUAAGGCUUGCUGUGGUUGCAUACAGUGUAAGAAACAGAGUAAAGGUUAAGAAGAUAAGGAAUACGGCCACCAAAUUUGAGGCAGUAUGCAAGCCUGGAUGUACUUGGUACUUGAAGGCAGGCAAAGAUAACAGGAGUACUAGCAUUCAGAUAAAGAAAUACCUUGACAAUCACACAUGCACCAAGGCUUGGGAUCUAAAAGCUUUGACUGCACCAUUCCUGACUGCACAAUUCAGAGAAGAAUUCAGAGACAAUGAGAAGAUGCCUUUGAGAAAGUUUUCAGAUAAAGUGGAGCAGGAAUUCAACAUGGUUGCAAAGAGAAGUAAGCUGGGAAGAGCAAGAAGAGCAGCAGUUAAACAAAUUAGAGGUGAAGAUGAUGACCAAUACAAUAUGUUGUGGGACUAUGGCCAAGAGCUUAGGAGGACUAACCCAGGAAGCAAGUUCUUCCUGUGCACUAAGGAGGUUUUUGAUGAUAAAACUAAAGAAACAAAAGACCACUUCUCAACACUGUACUGGUCAUAUAAUGCAUGUAAGAGAGGGUACCUUAAGGCUUGCAGACCAAUAAUUUUUCUCGAUGGGUGCCACAUAAAAACUAGAUACAAAGGGAACUUACUUACAUCAGUUGGUGUUGAUCCCAAUGAUUGUAUUUUCCCCAUAGCAUUUGGGCUAUGUGAAGUUGAGUCAACAUAUAGUUGGGAGUGGUUCUUAGCCACUUUAAAGGAUGACUUGAAUAUAAGCAACUCUUCUCCAUAUACAAUAAUGAGCGACAAGCAAAAGGGUUUAAUAGCAGCAGUGCAAAAAGUUUUCCCUUAUGCUGAACACAGACACUGUGUUAGGCACAUCUACCAGAACUUUCAUAAAAUACACAAGGGAGACCAACUCAAGAAUGAUCUAUGGGCAAUAGCAAGAUCUACACAUGAAAUUGCUUAUAGUAAGAACAUGGAGCAGAUGAAGGAACACAGCCUUGCUGCAUACAAGUGGGUGGAGAAGUUGGCACCUAAAACAUGGAUCAAAUCAUUUUUUCCCCUUUCUGCAAAUGUGACAUCCUUCUAAACAACAUGAGUGAAGUUUUCUACAGUUAUAUUCUGGAUGGAAGAGAUCUGCCAAUAAAGUCCAUGUUGGACUAUAUUUUCCACAAGCUAGCUAACAGGAUAGUUGGGAAGCAGGGAGAAGCUGAGAAGUGGACUGGUAGACUAUGCCCCAAAAUUCAGAAGAAAUUAGACAAAUAUGUUGAGUGGGCAAAGAACUGCAGGGUAAAAGAAUAUGGCAAAGGUGUAUUUCAGGUUAUGUCUCUAAACAACACAUAUGUUGUGGAUCUCAACAUGAAUAGCUCUGAAUGUAAGAGAUGGGAGCUAUCUGCCAUACCUUGCCAUCAUGCUAUUGCAUGUUUCAGGCACGAGAGGAUUGAACCAGAGAGCAUGGUUCAUGAGUGCUAUACAGUGGAAAACUACAAGGAUUGCUAUGGAUGGAACCUGAUGCCUAUGAGUGACAUGAAGAAGUGGGAAAAGAUGCUUGGUAUCCCUGUCUUCCCACCUAUAUACACAAAAGUCAUGGGUAGGCCAAAGAAAAAUAGAAAGAAAGAGCCAGAAGAGAAACAAGAUAAGAAUGGACUGAAGAAAAUUUCCAAACAUGGUGUUACAAUGCACUAUUCUAUAUGUGGAGCUGCUGACCAUAACAAGAAGGGACACCACAAUCACCUAAUGAAAAACCAAGACCAGUACCGGCAGAGGAGGCAGAGGAGGAAGAAGAUUAUGCUGAUCCAAGCAUCACUGCUAACAUUAUGCCACACAGAGUAAUUCCUCAAUUGGACCCAACACAAAGGCCAGAUUGUAUGGUGUACAAGAUGCAGGAAAAGGAGAAGUUCACAUACCCAACAGUUAGAGACUUUGGUCCUCUUCCAGAAUCUACCUUCAUUGCAAAUGCAAGAGACUCAAUCCCAGUAGCAAGAGUGACAACAGCAAUGGCAAGUGGCAGGGUCAGAAGAAAUGCAGAUGCAGCAGCAGAAUCUAGUGCCAGGAAAAGGCAGGCUAGAGGAGGGACUAGAGCUCCAAGAGGAGGGAGGAGUGCUGGAAGAGGAGGAGCUACAGCUCCAAUAGGAGGGAGGAGUGCUGGAAGAGGAGGAACAAAUGCUGCAAGAGGAGGGAGAAAUGUUGGAAGGGGUGAAACUCAUGCUACCACAGGAGGAACAGAUUCUGGCACUGGAGGAACAAAUGCUCCAAGAGGAGCUAGAGCUGCUGCCCCUGGCUUCUACAAUCUGUUGUUUGGAAAUGAUGGAGGGAGUGCACAUCAAGCGCCACAGUUCAUGCAAGCAGAGGAGGAAGUUCUUGUUAGCCAGAAUGCACCAAAUGUUCUCUACGAGGAUGGCUGGCCUAAUGAUCUUCAUGAUUUUCUUUCACUUUAGUUUAAGUCAUGUGUGUUUUAGUUCAUGAAUAAACUUGUCAAGCAUCUUAGUUAAGUUCAUAAAUGAACUGCUCCUUUUGUUGGGGUUCAGAGACAAAAAUUGGUUUCAAAUGAUAUUUUGGUAUGGUUCA